AUGUAUAAAUCCUUAACAGCUAGGAGAUAUAAGCUAAUAAGAUUAUUAAUACUAAAAGCAAUAUUUUUAAGGCCUUUUAUACUGCAUAAGCUUAUAGCUUUUAUAAUUAUAGCAGUAGCAGUAUAUGCUGCUUACUUCCUUUUUAUCUUUUAUAUAUUGAAGAAGAAAUACUUUUUUAAAGUAUAUAUAAAGUAA